AUGUAUCGACGUUUGUUUCUCGGGACAGUGCUUGUUGCACUUUUGGCGUUGUUAUUCCCGCAGCAAAAGGAUGAACAUCCACCGUACGUGAAAGGAAAGAACGGAACAGCAUUGUUUUUGGUCAAUCAAGAACACGGUGUAUCAAACGUGCUUGUUGCAACAGCCUCAGCCUUGUUGGAGAACUACCCUGACAUUGACGUCCAUUUCGCCUCAUUCCCCAAGCUCAAGAACAAACUUGAAAGAGUCUCCAAUUUCGCUCGAAGAAAGACACCUUCGGCUCGCAACAUCGUUUUCCAUCAACUUCAAAGUCCUUCAUACGCGGACGUGAUUACCAAUGCAGGAAGAAGUCUCGACGACAUUCCUCAUCCUCCAGGUCCUGCUGGCAUUUCUCAUUUGUGCAGAGACAUUCAGCUCUGGAUAUCGCCAUGGUCUGCCGAUGACCACUUUUCCAUCUACGAGGAGGUCGUUUCUCUCAUUGAUGAGAUUGAUCCUGCCGUGGUAGUGAUCGAUACUCUGUUCAGACCAGGACUUGAUGCAACAAGAGACAAGAAUCGACAGCAUGCGUUCAUCACUCCCAACCAGGCUAUUGACAACUUUCUCGGAGAACAGCCGUAUGGAAGCAUGUUUUGGAAAUAUCCAUCGAUGAGUUCGGGUUUUCCAUUUCCAGUGCCAUGGAACAAGAUUCCCGAGAAUAUUUACCUCAAUAUCCGGUUUAUCUACAGUGUUUUGAGAAUGCCAGAUCUUGCUGCCAAACGAAAGGCACUCCGCGAGAGAGGACUCAAAGAUCCUCUCAACUUCUUCGGCAUGUACCGAGAUGAUGUGCCGUGGAUUACUGUCACAGCCGAUGGCGCUUCCAUCCCAGUAGAUUACAUUCCGUCGAACGUCACUACCACAAACCCGAUUGUUCUUUCUGUUGCCCCGGCUGCUGAACAGGAUCCUGUGCUUGUUGACUGGUUGAAGAAGACACCAACAGUCUUGAUCAACCUCGGCAGCACCGUCAGCUAUUCUGAGUCUCAAGCUUCAAUCAUGACACAAGCCAUCGCCAACGUCCUUGACAAGGUUGACAUUCAAGUCCUUUGGAAGUUCAACAAGGUCGGCAACUACUCGGAUGACGUUUUUCUCCCAGUCAAGCAACAUCUUGAGAGCGGCCUUCUCAAGUUGGAGAGGUGGCUCACAGUUGAUCCAACUUCGUUACUCGAGUCGGGUCUCAUCGUUGCGUCAAUUCACCAUGGAGGGGCCAACUGCUACAACGAAGCUGUCUAUGCUGGCGUUCCUCACGUCAUUCUACCUUUAUGGGCUGAUCUCUAUAGUUAUGCAGCACUUGUUGAAACCAUUGGUAUUGGUGUUUGGGCAUGCCCCAGCACAAGCCCGAAGUGGACAGUUGAAGGACUUACCCACGCCUUUUUGAAAGUUCUCGACGGUGGGGAAGCGAGUGUCAGUAUGCGUGAGAAGGCCAAAGAAGUGGGGGAUAGAAUGCAGGUAGCAGAAAAGGGACGCGAUGUUGCUGCAAGAAAGGUAGCCGAGCUUGCUUAUUCUGGAGUGUGA